ACUUCCCUCUCCGCCCGGAAAAUUGUUUCCUUUUCCCUACGUAGUUCAUGUCACACACACGGUGUGAUUUUAUGAUCGCCAUAUAAGUAUGCGUGCGCCCGAGUAAAGGGCCGAAGCCUUAUUAGACCGGAAUUAUGGCCUCUGACUCCCACCGCGAGAACUUCCUGCGCCUUUUGCAACUGCUGAUAGAGGGGGGUACGACAGCACUGAGAACAUACUUUGAUGCCAUCCACCCCCCUGCCACCCUUGCAGGGGUUCUCGCCGCCAAGCACAGUCAACUCCAAAACUUGUACAAGAAAGGCAUCAUAAAUUCUUCCCAAUGGCCAUUGCUUUAUCCUCCAAGUGGAAAUCCUGAUUCUAAGCUAUUUGAUAUAACUCUGCUGACCAUGUUACUAAGAAAUAUCUGUGGAAUCCUGACUCCCACUGAUCCAUUCUGGAGUACUUACCCACCUGACACAGAUAACUCUGAUAAGGCUCAUUUAGUGAGGAUACGGAUGUUGAGAAAUGAAUUUGGCCAUCGCACCACUAUCACUAUCAAUGAUUCUGACUUUGAGGCCUAUUGGCAGAAGAUCUCAGAUGCACUGGUGUCCCUUGGGGCCGAAAAGGCUGAGAUUGGUGAAAUGAAAACAAGGCCCCAGGGAACCAAGGAUUAUCAUGGGACUCUUCAAAGAUGGAUUCACUGUGACUUACAAGAGCUGAAAAUGGAAUCUGAAAAAGUGCAGAAUAUGGGUGGGAAGGUGAAUAGUAAGGAUGCCGAUGGGGGUGUGGCCAAAAAAAUGGAUGAGGUGACUGAGAAAAUGUCUGAAUUAUCAUCUACUACUGAAAAAGCUACUGGGGAUAUUCAACAGCACAUGUCUGAACUGUCAGCUGAAGUCACAUGUAAAAGUGAUUCAAAUACAGAAAAGAUUGUGUCUGAAGUUAAAGGUGAUUUGAAAGAAAUUAAAGAAAAGAUUGUGUCUGCAAUAGCCUCACUCCAAGUUGAAUCACCAAGUCGGAAGAUAGAGAGCAAAGAUGCGGCCACUAUAACUGAGGAAGACAAGGCUGCAUCUAUGAGGUCAUCAGGCUCAGAUGAUAAAGAUCCCCCAAUGAAAAAAGUGAUUCAAGACUUUGUUAAGUAUCUUCAUCAGAGGUACACCACAGGUGAAGAUAUAUCAAUAGAGCCACUUGAAGACAUGGGUGACGGCAACUUCACGCUAGAGAACAUGUUCACAGAGCUGGAGAUCACCAAGAAAGACACCGAAAUCAAGGUGCCGAUGUAUGACAUCUUUACUGCUAGUGAACCAUCCAAGACGGUACGGAGUGUUCUCCUGGAGGGGGAAUCUGGGGUGGGCAAGACCACCUUUUGCCAAAAACUUGCUUACGACUGGGCAAAGGGGGCCUUGCCCAAGUCUUUCCCCCAGGUGGAAAUACUCCUCUCUCUUAAAUCAAAAGAAAUGAGCGGUGGUGGCUUAUGGAAAGCCAUUAGCGAGCAGCUCGUUCCUGAGGAAACUAAUGACGAUGAGAGAGAGGAGUUAUUCCACUAUUUAAAAGAGAACCAAGAAAAGGUCUUGAUUAUUUUAGACGGUUAUGAUGAAUUGCCCUCACAUGCGAGUGUCAAAGAGAGCAUAAAUAAGGUAGUGAGCAAGGAAGCUUUGCCUUUCUCCUAUACUCUCAUAACAAGUAGACCAGAGAAGAGGCUAAGUAAGUAUUUUAUAGGGGGCAAUGUGCUACAAGUCAAGGGGUUACAUGAUGUAGCUAGUUACGUUAGUAAUUUCUUUAAUUCUGUUGAGGAAUAUGUUGAAUUUCCUUUAGAGCGCAUUUCAAAAGGAAUAUUUAAUUUGGACUUAUCAAAUCCGCUUACAUUAGUACUGUUCUGUUUAUGUUACAAAGAGUACUUUCAGACUAGCCAGGAAAAAGGUUUCCUAGAAGGCAUGACCCUUAGAGAACUGUACGAAAAGAUAGUGAACUCACGAAUCAGGAGAAACUCUGAAAAGCUUAACCGCGACUUAGAUGAAGAGGAAAUCCAAGAGCUGAUUUUAAAAAUAGGGAAAAUUGCUUUCGAUGCCCUUAAAGGUAACACCGUAACUUUCUCUAUUAGUAAAACAUCACAACACCUCAUCAACGAAGGAUUUUUUGUCAGGCAAAAAUCGCUUAGUGUAUUUAGACCAGUGGAGACGUUUGCAUUUUCCCACCAGUCCUUCCAGGAAUAUUUCUGUGCCGCAUAUUUAGCGAGCAGACUUGGGCAAGGAGUUGUUGAACCUGAAGUAAUUGGUGAUCUGCGUUUAUUUGAUUGCGUUGAUUGCUAUAGCCUCGCUGCGAUGGUGGGUAGUAAUGCAGUGAAUGUUGUUGAAUCUCUUGCUCGGAAAGUUUCUGAAUUUCCACCACAAGGUAUUCCUAUUUGUGAUGAUGAUAUUGGCUCUAACGCUCUUCAAUUGCUGUGUCAGUGUCUUGUGGAAUGCAAAAAAGUAGCAAGCGAAUUUGUCAAUUUGUUAAAAAACGUGUACCAGUUUUUACCGUGUAGAGUUUCUGUUUAUUCUGAUCGUUCGUCCACACUGUUAGGACUGUCAUAUUUGUUAUCUCAAGAUUUGACUUAUUUUGAGAGCCUGCAAGCAAUUAGUUGUGUCAGCGGUUCGCGUCCUCUUAGUGACCUUACUAUCAUUACAGUUUUAUUAAAAAGCAAAGAUAUUGGUAUGGCAACUGUGAUUCCUGGUCAGUUAACAGAAGUGUUAGCCGCUUCUUCAUCGGUUCAAAAGCUCUACAUCGUGUUCGAGGCGUUCCCAUUUCAUGAUGGAAAUUUUGAAAAAGCCAUGGCUAAUGUGCUAUCACGUAACACAUCUUUGCGGUAUCUCCGUCUGUGGUGUAUCUUCGAUGAGCCCGAGUACGAGAUGGGGACGAGUUUAUUCAAAUCUCUGAAGAACAACUCAACACUGUCAGCAAUUCACAUUCAUUUCAAUAGCUUAGGUGAUGCAUGUGCAAGCGAGCUCGCCAAGGUCUUAGUAGUUAACACUAGUCUCAAUGUUGUUUAUAUUGGUGGUGAGUAUUUAGGGGAUGCUGGUGUUGCAAGUAUUGCUGAAGCAUUGAUGGUCAAUACAACGGUACGAGCUCUCGGGAUAAGAGGUGAUAACAUGACGCCUGAAGCAGGACGAGCAUUGGGUGAAAUGUUUAGACACAACACUACUAUCACUUGCCUUUCACUAUUUCAUGGUAAAAUUGGUUAUUCCGGUGCACUGUGUAUCGCUUCUGGUUUUUCGCAAAACACAACACUCGAAAAGAUUCAAAUAGAAAAUGCUGGUAUAGGUGCCACCGGCGUUUCGGCUUUAGCAAAAGUCAUUCAAAAUGCUACGCAUUUAGAUUUGUCAAGGAACAUUAUAGGUACAAAAGGAGCAAAAGCUAUUGCUAAAGUUAUAGAAAACAGUUGCAAGCUCAAAUAUCUACGUAUUGAUCGUUGUAAUAUAGAUGUGCUUGGUGUGAGAGAUAUUGCUAAAGCCUUGUCAAAAAACACAAAUCUAGAGGAACUGUCCGUAGCUUGUGCUGGUAUAGAUGACGAAGGAAUGUGUGAGCUCGCCCGGUCUGUGGCUAAAAAUAAAUCCCUGCAGGUUCUUAUCAUCACCUACAAUAACAUCAGCGAGGUAGGUAAGCGGGCUAUAAUUGAGGCAUGUGCGGAGAGUCAGUCGCUAAACCACCUGUUCCACGAGAACGACCCGAUUCUCAACACAUGCCUCAAGCCUCACUCGGUGUGUCUCCGCAGCCGUGAAUUCUUCUAUCGAUUCUUGUUUUCUAGUUCCUUGCAGGGUUUUACCUUAAAAUUCCCAGAGUACAAACAAUACGAGCAAGGUUAGACAGUAAAGUUCAGGAUUUCGUUAUAGCUUUAGAGAGAUAUGCUCGUGAACGAUUUGGUAUUUAGUUGCAGCUAUCGUCUUGUCUUAUCGCGUGACGUAGAGGGGAUAUGCGGGAUAUUUUUGUUUCCCGAAAAUCGCAUGAGGCAUUUUAUAUAUUCACGGCCAAUAAAAUGACCUCAAAGCUUAUCACUUUUAGAUGAUUGUAGAUGGUCUAAAUGAAAAUGGUUCCCUUGGUUUACGUUUUUUUAUGUUUUUUUUUCUUCUUUUUUUGCGGCGCUUUAUCGAGUGGAAUUUAUUAGUGAUGUUUUUCACCUCCUUAUAAUGGUAGUAUAUUUUCCUUUGAUGAGGUAUUCCUCGACAGUAUAUCUGUAAAAAGCAUGUUUUUAAACAAAACAAAAGUUAGAACGGUUAAGAUUAAAAUAAGCGCUGGCCCAAGAGACCAUUUACAUUUAUACACUUUUUCAACUUCUUCAAUCUUUUCAUCUUCAUGUUUUUGCAGAACUUUAUUGAGUAGAUAACUUAGUUGAUUUGUGAUGUUUUGCGCCUUAUUAUAAUGGCCCGAAAAAAAAAACGAGUUUCUUUUUAAACCUGUGAACGAAUGUGAUAAAAAGAAAACACGAAAUGGAAUAAUGACACCACAAAAAGGUGUAAUAUUGCUAUGGUGUACUUCACGGGUUCAUGAAAGCCUCUCUAGUAGCACUGUUAAUGAUAUUCAUUUCUUUAUACCUGCCUCACAAUGACGGCAUGGAGUUUUUCUUUACUUUCCCUUCACUUUUGGAAGUAAAAAUGCUAUGGCGCUUUGUCAAGUAUAUUUAUCACUGUAGCAAGUGUUUUUACUGUACCUAAUGUAAAUAUUAUCUGAAUAAAAGAAAAAGAACUAA